ACACACACUACGCUCUCAUGCAAGCUUGUCGGUUUCCAAUAGGCAAUAGGCUCUCCUGCAAGAUGGAUUGCUUUUCACUUCACUACGAGGAAGAGUGCAAUAAAUAGGUCACCUUCCAUGGAACGACUAACCACGCAGCAAUUCACUUGCAGCCUGCACUAGUAGCAGUAGAACUGGCUAGCUCAGGCGAGCAUGGGUUCAGUUACGCCUGAGAAGAGGCAGCCGCACGCCGUAUGCCUGCCGUUCCCGGCGCAGGGCCAUGUCACGCCGAUGCUGCAGCUGGCCAAGCUCCUCCACGCGCAGGGGUUCCACAUCACUUUCGUCAACACCGAAUUCAACCACCGCCGCCUUCUCCGCUCGCGCGGUCCCGACGCGCUCGACGGCGUGCCCAGCUUCCACUUCGCCACCAUCCCCGACGGCCUCCCGCCGUCGGACGCCGACGCCACCCAGGAUCCCCCGUCACUCUGCUACUCCACCAUGACCACCUGCCUCCCACACCUCCUGGCCCUCCUCGCCGACCUCAACGCCCCGAUCUCUGGGACGCCCCCCGUCAGCUGCCUUGUGGUGGACGGCAUCAUGUCGUUCGGAUACGACGCCGCCAGCGAGAUCGGCGUGCCGGUCGCCGCGCUCUGGACCGCGAGCGCCUGCGGCUUUAUGGGCUACCGCAACUAUCGCCAGCUCAUCGACCGGGGUCUCGUGCCGUUCAUGGACGAGGAGGACCUUGCGGACGUCGCCGGUGGGCACCUCGCCACCGUGGUGGCCGACGCGCGCGGCAUGUGCGACGGCGUGCAGCUGCGCGACUUCCCCAGCUUCAUCCGCACGACGGACCGCGGCGACAUCUUGCUCAACUUCCUCUUGCGCGAGGCCGAGCGGCUGUCGCUACCGGACGCCGUCAUGAUCAACACCUUUGACGACCUCGAGGCCACGACGCUGGACGCCAUGCGCGCCAUCCUACCGCCGGUGCAUGCCGUCGGCCCCCUCCUCCUCCGCGAGCGCCAGGUCAUCCCGGCAGAAAGCUCCCUGGCCGGCCUCGGCUCCAACCUAUGGAAGGAGCAGGCGGGCCUUAUGGAGUGGCUCGCUGGCCGCGCGCCGCGGUCCGUGGUGUACGUGAACUACGGCAGUGUCACGGUGAUGACCAAUUCGCAGCUGCUGGAGUUCGCGUGGGGGCUGGCCAGCAGCGGCUACGCGUUCGUGUGGAACAUCCGACCGGACCUGGUGAAGGGUGCUUCCGCCGUGCUGCCGCCCGAGUUCGCGGCCGCCGUCGAGGGCCGCGCGAUGUUGACGACGUGGUGCCCGCAGGAGGCGGUGUUGCGGCACGAGGCGGUGGGGUUGUUCCUGACGCACUCCGGGUGGAACUCGACGCUGGAGAGCCUCUGCGCGGGGGUGCCCAUGCUGAGCUGGCCGUUCUUCGCGGAGCAGCAGACCAACUGCCGGUACAAGCGCACCGAGUGGGGCAUCGGGAUGGAGAUCGGCGGCGAGGUGCGGCGCGAUGAGCUGACGGACAUCAUACGGGAGGCCAUGGACGGGGAGAAGGGUCUGGAGAUGCGCCGGCACGCGGUGGAGUGGAAGCAGAAGGCCGUGAAGGUGACGCUGCCAGGUGGGUCCGCAGAGGCCAACCUGAACAAGGUUAUCAACGAGGUGCUGCUCGCCAAGAAGGGUAAAGCAGUCAGUGCUUGAUUCUGAUGAUCAGAUCUUUAUCGAGGAGUAUGACAUGAUGAUCAGAUCUAAUAUGUGAGCAACUACAUCACUACUUUCAAGGAAUAAUGUCGUCUAUACAAUCAGCCCUGAGUCAAUGUGUAGAAUCGACCAAACAUGUCACUAGAAGAUUUGUUGUGUAGUUGAGAUAGCAUCUUUUAUAUUUUUGGUGUGCACCGUGCAGAAAAUAACUCAACUCACGAAUUCUCCAAUUUAGCAGCAUUGAUUUACAUCCUA